UGACAUCUUGUCACUAAUCACAAAAGUCAAUUUAUUAAAAAUAUAUUCAUUAUUCUCCUUGCUGAACUAUUGAGGAACAACCUAUUCUCAAAGUUCUUUAUGAAAGUAAUGGACUUCUAAGAGUUCAAUCGCUACUAUACAACGUACAACCUCGCACUUUAUAACCUUUAAAAUGUCAGGCAACCAUAAGCACCGUUACAAGAACAGUGCGCUCGACAGUGUCGAGUUGAGGCGGCGAAGAGAGGAAGAAGGAAUCCAACUCAGAAAACAGAAACGAGAUCAACAAUUGAGCAAACGGCGUAAUGUAAAUGUUAACCAAGUGUUACCUGAUGACGAUCCUCUACAAUUUGAAAGUGCCAUGUCGUCCACGCCACCGGUUAUUGGCAUUUCUCAAGAAAUGAUCCAAGACGUAUGUAGCGCUGAUCGCCUACGUCAAUUAGCUGCAACUCAGAAAUUCAGGAAAUUGCUCAGUCUUGAGCCCAAUCCGCCGAUUGAUGAAGUGGUCGCCACAGGGAUUGUGCCCAGAUUUGUUGAAUUGCUGAAAGAUUCUUCCAAUUGUACUCUACAGUUUGAAGCAGCAUGGACUCUUACAAACAUUGCAUCAGGAACCUCACAGCAAACACGUGUGGUUAUUGAUGCCGGAGCUGUUCCCAUAUUCAUUGCUCUUCUCGAAAGCAACUAUCAAGACGUAAAAGUAAAAGAACAAGCCGUAUGGGCCCUUGGCAAUAUAGCGGGAGAUUCCCCAGAAUGCAGGGAUAAUGUCUUAGAUGCACACAUUUUACCUCCUUUAUUGCAGUUGCUGACAACAGCCAAUAAAUUGAGUAUGAUCCGAAAUGCUGUAUGGGCCUUAUCAAACCUGUGUAGGGGAAAAAAUCCUCCAGUCGAUUUUUCAAAAAUUAGCCCAUGCCUUCCAAUUUUGUCUCGGCUUUUAUUUCACACAGAUGCGGACGUGCUUGCCGAUUCGUGCUGGGCUUUGAGCUACCUAUCUGAUGGUCCAAAUGAAAAAAUUCAGUCUGUAAUAGACGCCGGAGUGUGUAGAAGACUUGUGGAACACUUAAUGGCACCGCAACCAAAUGUAGUAUCCGCCGCACUUAGAGCGGUUGGAAAUAUUGUUACGGGUGAUGAUGUGCAAACGCAGAUUGUGCUUAAUUGUCAAGCACUGCCUUGUUUGUUACAUUUGCUUUCAUCUUCGAAGGAAAGUGUGAGAAAGGAAGCUUGUUGGACAAUCAGCAAUAUUACGGCAGGAAAUCGGUCUCAAAUACAGGCUGUUAUAGACGCGAACAUCUUUCCAGUGUUAAUAGAUGUGCUAUGUAAAGGAGACUUUAAAACGAGGAAAGAAGCUGCUUGGGCUAUAACCAAUGCGACUAGCGGUGGCACACCAGAGCAAAUCAGGUAUUUAGUUAGUCAGGGAUGUAUCGGGCCACUUUGUGACCUCUUAACUGUGAUGGAUACUAAACUGAUCCAAGUAGCACUAAACGGAUUAGAGAAUAUACUUAGACUGGGCAAACAAGAUGCUAAAGCACACUCUGGUGUCAAUCCAUAUGCCGUUCUGAUUGAAGAAUGCUAUGGAUUGGAUAAAAUAGAAUUUCUACAAUCACAUGAACACAUUGAGAUUUAUCAAAAGGCAUUUGAUAUAAUUGAGCUGUUUUUUGGUGCGGAAGAAGAAGAUUCCCGUGUUGCACCGUCCAUAGAUGCAAACCAAGGCCAGUACCAGUUCAGUGCUGACCAAUCAGUACCAAUGGGCGGAUUUGACUUUUAAAAAUUUGCAAUUUUAAUAGAGAUUAUCAAUUUGCAACCAGUUGAACCAAUAACUGCGUUGCUCUCCUGUAUCAUUACUUGUCCCUACUUUCUUUAUUAUGCGGUUCUAAAUCAGUGUUAGAAUCGAACUGUCUCAAACCACGUGAUGAAUCAUUAAGUUCAUAUGAAAAUACUUCAAAGUAGUAUUGUAUAGCAUUUCUAGCAAAAGUUAAUUGCGUCCACCAUUUCACCAUUAAUAACCAAUCAAAUAAAUGGGUAAAAAUUGCAUGUAAAAUAUGAUUGUGUUUCGUAAUUGCUUGUAACGAAUUAAUGUAAAUAGGUUACAGUUUUUAGGCCGCUCCGUCUCUGUGCUUCCAUUCUUGAAAUGGUAUCGUCUGUUAUAAUUGGCCGAAAAUCUAGUAUUACAAGUAACUCAAUUCCCUGUCCUUGUCUUAGCCAUGAAUAUAAAAGAUAGAAGUGAUUCUCCACAACACUAACUACUCUAUCGCUCCAUAAUAAUUGAAAAUUGGCGUUUACAUCAAGGUUAUGUGUUAUGUCCUUUCACCUGGGCGUGUUGUGAAAAUUUGUCAUUUUCAGUGUCCCAUUUUCCAACUAGUAAAAUUUUCGUAAUCUCGGUAUGUUUAAGUCUAUAUAUUGCAUCUUGGUAUUUGGUGUGUCCGUUUGUACAAAAGACAAUCCUCUGUAAAUAGCUAUAGCUAGUAUAGUAUACAAUACAUUUUAUUUAUUUUU